AUGGCAGCCCCGCUGGCUUUCGUUGGAUUUUUUGGGGUUGCUACAGCCCUCCCCCCGUGCAACUCGUGGGACACCGCCAAACUGCUGCCCAAAGUCUGGCCCUGUGGGGUCGCUGUGGGGCGCCCGUUUUCGAAAUCCCUGUGGGACUUUGUCCGGACCGAUGUCCAGGCCCUGUGCACCAAGGGGCCGUGCGUCACACUAUUCAAAACGCUCAACGACCUCCAGUGCUCUGUGGAUCCGUCAGGGCGCGUCGUCAACGCCAACAUCCGAUGCGACACCACUGCGUGGCUCACUCCAACCACAACACCCAUAACAUCAAACAAUCCUCCGACUCCCCAGCCCCCCACCCCUCAACCCCCCCGCACAACCGUUCGACCAACUGUCACCACGACGUUGCCGCCUUUGGCUGUGCCAACUACUACUACGACGACGACGUGCAAACCAUCCAGCUUUCCUGGGGGUACGUGCUCCAACCAAGUCGCACUCAAUACUUCGACUGCCAACAAGUUUACGACAGAAGGCCCCGUCAAUGCUACCACCCUCCUUCGUCGUCAGUUUCCGUCCAAUGACAAAACCAAUUAUACCCAAAACUUGAUCAAGGAGGACAUGAUGGCAUCGCACUCGCCGCCUGUCCCGAUGCUAAGCGGGGGCUUCGUCAUAGUAGCAUUGGUGGCCCACCUUCUUGCAGCAAUGAUAUGGUGA